AAAGAUGGCGGCGCCCACAAGCGGAGAUGCGGUAUGGAAUCGGCUGGACGUGCCGUGGCCCGCUUGUAGCGGUACGGUGGCCGUGUCAGCCCAACAUUCCUCAGUGAAAUGCCUUUCAUCUGUUAUGAAGAGGUGUCGUGCUGUAAAAGACAUCCUAAAAAGUAAAGCUGUGGUUGCAGAAGGAAAAACCUUGCAUGCCAUCCUGUAUAAUUUCCACUACCAAAUGAGUCGCCAUAGGCCCUACCGAUCUCUCAAACAGGUACAACAGUGUUUGAAGCGUUUAAAUCUAAUGAAUCUGGAGCAGUCGAUUGAAAAACUUGCUGGGUUGACCUCCAUGAAACAGAAAUCUGAACAUCCCAAAGAGAGCUUGGUUCCCAGCCAACCUGUGAUUGAAGUGGUGCUGGUGAAGAUUUUGGGUGGCUGCAAGCUCUUGUUACGUUUGCUUGAAUGCUGUUGCAUGGCAUUUCGCUUCUUUCUUAAGCAUCUGUGUUUGGAAGAACACAUACUGUACAACACUGUUGUUUUGGGAUUGCUGAGCAGAUUAUGGAUUCUCUAUAGAGGUGUGCUAAAAAGCCUCAGUUCCUUAUAUGAGAGCCUGAUUGAAUUGCUUCGGGAAGUUUCAGAAAGUAAGCCAAGGCCUUAUAUUAAAGAAUUUGCCUUUCCUUCUGAAAUAAAUGAAUUUCUCGGAACUGCUUAUUUGGAGAUUCAGAAGAAAAUGCCCAAGGCAUUACAAAAAAAGGCCAAAACAACAUGGAUGGCUAAACUGUUUCCAGUAAGCAAGACCCGGGCAUCAGUGCAUGCAACAGUUCCUUCAGCAGUCAGAAACAAAGUGCCGAAUGCCGAGAAAUCCCUUGACAUUGGACAGCCAGUUUGGAUAAACAGAACCAAUCAAGGUCUUGGAAACGACUUAGUAUUUGAUGUCAGGUCCUUACGUAGAUAUCCUGAUCCUACAGUACUGGAGAUGAACAAAUUCAAAUUAAAGCAUCCUGGAUUUAAAAAGAGACUAAUGUCCCUUAAUUCUCAGCAUCUUAAGGCUCUUGUGACUAAGUUGCAAGAAGUGCGCUCCUUUGGAGAACUGUCUGAUGCACUCAGAACAACAAUCCACUGGUGCAAAAGCAAGAAACUUCGGUCACAGGCUAUUUUCUUGCGAAUGAAGCUCUUGAAAAGUAGGCAUCUGCAGCACGUGGAAGCCCACGGUUGCAGCUUACAGAGGAAACUGGGCUGUGUAAAAGCUACUGUCUGUAGAUACCUGACAGUCUCAAACUCUAGGCAGAAACCAAAGCAAAGACUUGGAACAAAGAGGCUACAGCGGCAGACCAAACUUUCCAGAAAUCUGAGACGUAUUUCAAAGAAGACACCAUCUUGCUUUGAACCAGACUGGAGAAAGACCGUCUGCCAUGAUAGUUCUGUCCUUUUUUCUCUUGCUCAGCAGUUAGAACAUUCAUCUGACAUGAGAGAUGCUGACAAAGGCAGUACUAAAGAGCCAGUUGAAGAACAAAUCCAGGAGGCUGCGUCUCAGUUUGUGACAUCAGAAGGAACACCUGCCCAUUUACAAAAGAGAGUUAGUGAGAGUAGAGAUGAUAUAGAUGACAUUUUUGAAGCAAUAGGCAUAUAG